AUGGCUUCAUCUGAGACACCUUCGGUGGGCACGAGUUCUGCACCACAAUCCCCACCCCCGAUCCCGGAGCCGCCCAGCAGCCCCGAGUACUGGCACACCAGCUUCCGGAGGUUCCGGAGCUUCCAAUGGCUGAACCAGCAGCAGGACCCAGACCCACUGCAGGACCUGGAGAUGCUGAGACACCUGUGCUGGUGCUGGCUGCGCCCUGACCUCCACUCGAAGAUGGAGAUUCUCGACAAGCUGGUGCUGGAGCAGUUCCUCAUCUCAGAACCCCUGCACCUGCAGGCGCUGGUGUGGGAGAACGGGGUGCAGAACUGCCAGGAGCUGGAACAGCUGCUGCAGAACCUUAAACAACCCCAGAAAUGGAAUAUCGUUACUAUAGACGGAAAGACAUUUCUUGCACGACACUCAGAUGCUGGGAAGGCCCCAGAGGAGGACAGUGUGCAUCCUGAACCCCAGGACACAGUAUGUGAAACACCUCCAGAGACAUCCCUGCGGGUCAGCACAGGAGAACAGGAGCUGCCGCGGACCUGCAAGGAAUCAGGGGGACAGGUGUUCUCAGGAAACAGGCCAAAUUACAAGCAGGAGGUUUUGAGGCCUGAGCUGGAAUCAGGCAAGAAGGAGCUGGAGCCUGAGACCAGACCGGGCGAGCGCCCCCCUUUGGUGUGCGACCACUGCCCCAAAGCCUUCUUCUACAAGUCUCAGCUGGACAUCCACCGGCGCAGCCACACGGGUGAGCGGCCAUUCCGCUGCGCGACCUGUGGACGCGGCUUCAUGCAGCCGUCAGACCUGCGCGUGCACCAGCGGAUCCACAACAACCAGAGGCCCUACAGCUGCGGUAUCUGCGGGGCCACAUUCACGCAUCAGUCCACGCUCACCGGCCACACCCGCAUGCACACCCAGGAGCGGCCCUUCGCGUGCGACCAGUGCGGGCAGCUCUUCAGCCAUCGCGGCAACCUCAACGUGCACCUGCGCACCCACUCGGGCCUCAAGCCUUACUCGUGCCCCGUGUGCAGCCGCGACUUCCGCCAGCUAGGCACCUUCAAUCGCCACAAGAGGACACACCUGCGCCAGGGCGUCCAGGGGGGCCCGCAGUAG